GUAAACUAUAUCCAACAAAUAGCAAACUGAAACAAAACAAUCUGCAUAGUUGCAGAAACGGCAAUAUAAAAUCACUACACUAUCGAAGUGGCAAUCAGUCUCGCGCUAACGUUCCGAUAUGCAUCUUCCGACGUGUCUUCUUGCAUUCGUUCUGGUCGCCGCCAGUUUUGCGACCGAGAUAGAUGAACAUCACUUCAACAACACUAAAGAGAAAGACGCCGAGGUUGGGGCUUCACUGAAGGAAGAUGUCCGGGCUGAGGUUGAAAAGGAAGAUAAGGGACUGGCGGAAAAUGGGAUCGAAGAAAAACUAGAAGAAAUCUCUAGGACCCCACAUGGAGAGCAAGAUCCAGGCAAAAGACGCAAAAAGUCCGCCACAACGACGUUCUGCGUGGAGAUCAGGCCAGGCGGUGCAGAAACCAAACCGUUCCAGAUUUGCGAGACUCCCGAGCAACAGAAGCCCCAACCACCACCACAGCAGCACUACCAACCUCAACCGCAACCACAACCGCAGCAAGGCUACCAACAGCAAACCUACCAGCAACAGCAUUAUCAGAGCUACCAACAGCAGUUGAAGCCUCAAAAGGCGCUAACCAUCGAGGCACCUCAAGAAUUACCCCAGCAACCCGCCAAAAAUUUACCCGCUCAAGGUUACGGCGCGAGCGUGCCAGUGAAGGUAUACGCCCCCAUCCCCGCCGCAGCAGUCGCCCCGAAACCUUACAACUCUCAUUACCGCGAGGCCAAGGAGGAAACCGCAGAAGUCUCAGCCGCCAAGGCGGCUAAAGUGAUGGCGAUCACCUCCCGCGCCAAGGAGGUAGUCGAAGAGAAAGAAGAGCAUCACGAGAGACAAGAAGCUCACCAUCACGAAGACGAGCAUAAGCAACGGUCUAGCUACGGAGGAGAACAAUACAUCCCUGCCACGUCGUACAUCCCGAUGGCGCACAACAGACCGAACAGGCCUUCGGGGCAUCAUUCCGGACACAAUGGAUUGGUCAUUACUUGCCAGCCGAACCUAGCUGGGUUUGCGCAUAAUGUGCCGUCUAGCGUCCACCAUCCGCCAGCCACCACUUACUACAGGUCAUCAACCAGCAGAAGCUAUGGACCAUAUGGAAGACCACAUGCUCCCGUCAGGCCAGUCUACGGAUACUACCCACCUCGGCCUCAGCCUCAGCACCAAUCCGGCUCUAGCUACUCUGUGACGCAGCAACAAGAGGUCAAAGUUCUACCACAACCUCAAGCUAUGAUGACAAUUCCACAAGAACAGCCUGCAGCUCCCCAACAGCUUUUGCCCGAGCCUGAACCUCAGAGAAUUCUGCCAGCACCUCAACCUGCUUAUGGAGCACCUCAACAACAGCCUCAGAGACUUCUGCCGGCACCUCAACCAAUAUUCGAGCUGCCUCAACAACAAACUUUUAUCCCCCAACAGCAACAGCCUCUGAGAAUUCUGCCUGCACCUCAACCAAUGAUCGAGCUGCCGCAGCCUGCACCACAAGAAACUUUUGCUCCACAACAGCAGCAGAAAGUUUUACCAGCACCUCAAACCACUUAUGGAGUACACCAGCAGUCUCAGAGAAUCCAGUUUGCGUCAACUGCGACGCAGCAAACAGCUCAACUGCCAAGUGCUCCAGCUCCAGUAAAGGUUCAAGUUCCGGUCCAGUAUCACCAACCUAGUUACUCUGCACCCUCACCUCAUCCUAGCUACCCUGCACCCCAGCCGUCUUAUUCCGCCCCUGCUCCUCAGCCUGCUCCCUCCUAUCAGCCUCAAGCUCCACCUCAACAGCAGACCUACGUCCCCUCUUCGUACAGAGAAGCUGAACAGCGUACGAAAACUGAAGAGCAACACACGGAUAAAGAAUCACACACGAUCAAAAAGAUGGAACAGAUGUCCAAGGAAAGAGCUGCAGGAAGUCAGUGGGCUAAAGAUCAGGACCCAAAAGAGGCCAUAGACGCUACGGUUCAACAAUGGAGUCCAGUCAUGAGGUCAACUGGAAAACUUGAACAUAAUGAAAGCGGUCUUCAGAUGAUGACACAUGGAGAGCAUGGAGAGCAUGGAGGCCAUGCCGCUGAAGGUGGUAGAAAAACAACCGAACAGAUGGUUGGACAAAUGUGGAGUGGAGUAGAAGAGGCAGAUCAUGCCAAGGAGAAUGAAGUUGCAGAUGCAUAAGUCGUGAAAAUUUGUACAGAUCAUUAAUUUAUUUUAUUUAUUCGUUUCUACUAUGGAUGUCAACAGUUUCUUAAUAAAAUCGCUCAAAAACAGUAUGUUUCUUUAAAUACCCAACAAACAUGUGUGAAUUUCCCAAAAGGUGGAAGACCACGUGCAUUUACUGCAGAGAGGACAGAGAGAUUGGUGAGAAGAGCUAAAAAUCAGGUUGGAAUGUCAACAAGUAGACUGGCUCGUCAAUACAGAUCUUCUACGAGUACGAUUAUGUUGGAAUUGAGGAGGACUGGUCUUAAAUAUCGAAAGAGACUUAAGUGCCCCAAAUACUAUCAAACUCAAGUCUUUCGUAUACUGAUGCGGGUACACUUUGCCAAUGGAAAGAUCAUUAUUUUUGAUGAUACAAACAUAAAGCGAAAUUUGCAGAUAAAAUCCUUGUCUGGUGCGUAAUUUUUAACAGGGGUGUAUCCCAACCUUUUGUGGAAAGAGUGAGUGGUGAAUCUUUGAAUCGUCAGAUGGUUGGACAAAUGUGGAGUGGAGCUGAAGAGGCAGAUCAUGCCAAGGAGAAUGAAGUUGCAGAUGCAUAAGUCGUAAAAAUUUGUACAGAUCAUUAAUUUAUUUUAUUUAUUUGUUUCUACUAUGGAUGUCAACAGUUUCUUAAUAAAAUUGCUCAAAAACAGUAUGUUUCUUUAAACACCCAACAAACAUGUGUGAAUUUCCCAAAAGGUGGAGGACCACGUGCAUUUACUGCAGAGAGGACAGAGAGAUUGGUGAGAAGAGCUAAAAAUCAGGUUGGAAUGUCAACAAGAUCUUCUACGAGUACGAUAAUGUUGGAAUUGAGGAGGACUGGUCUUAAAUAUCGAAAGAGAC